GGGGACCGAAGCCCCCAUUCAUGCUCGUUCGUCUCCCGUUCAUGAACCUGUUUCUACUGCGGAGCCCCCGGUCUUUGCCAGAAACAUUGAGUCCACGCCAAGCUCAUCUAUCCCGGCUCCGAGGGUUGAAGAUUUUGAAGAUAUGUUUUCAUCCACUCCUCCUGCUACCGGUGACGCUGCGGGUUUCGGCCAUCUUUCAAUUCCUCGGGUCACGAGGUCGUCUACCCGACAGUCAGAAUCUGGCUCUAGAGAUAACCUGGUGAGCAUCUUCCCAGCCCCGAGCGUAGAGCCAAGAAGAACAAGAUCGGCCGUAAUCACCGUCCCCGAGGAUUGCGGCUUUCUAUCGCGCCCUGUGGGAGUAGCAAGCUAUUUGCGACCUCUUGUCUCCGACUCGGACAAGCGUAAAAUGACCGGGGUCACCUAGCAGUGCCUUAUGAACGAAGGCAUGCACGCGGGCAACCGGAGUGUGGUACUGGUCAACGAGGCCUUCAUCCGGGUCCAACACGAGAUGGACGAUCUUCGAGGCCAACUAGAUGCCCAAGGCCGAGAAACGGAGAAAUAUAAGCAUCUCCUCCGAGAGAAAGAGGAAGAUUUGGGUCGGGCGGCCGUUCUUGCCAACCUUCGUCCCGAGCUCGAUGCGGCCAAGGACGAAAAUCGUCGCUUGAAGAGUGAAUUGGCCGCCAUGACCGAUUAUAAUCGAAGCCUCGAAGCUGAGAAGAUUGGCCUUAGCCGAGACAAAGCCCAAUUCUCGUCGAGGCUGGACGAGCUGGAGACCACCAUAUCCCAACUCCGGGGGGAACUGGAUUUGGUGAAGGCCGAUGCAACGGGCCUAGCCGAGAGGAACCGGCUACUGGAAUCUGAUACCGCUCUGUACAAAGAACGCAUGAGAGUUCUCGAAGAGAAAGCGGAGGAGCGGUCUCGGAUAUGUGAGGGCUUAAAAGCCGAGCUGGGGGCGGCGGCCAGUGCCAAUGAUGUUCUCAAGGCCGAGCUAGAAGCUGCUAUUCACAUGCGGAAUGUUGCUGUGGCAAACCGGGCCGAGCUGGAGGCUAAGUUGGCUAAAGUCGAGGCUGAUUUGGAAGAAGCCUGGAAAGGCGUGGAAGCGGCCGAGGCUCAUACUGCCAUUGUCGCCGAGUACGAGAAGUGAAAGUCUCGGCGGCUCACCCUCGAAGAAGCCGAGAGCGGAUUCUCCGAUCUUCCGGCCCUGAUAAACCAGGCCAAAGAGAUGGAGGAGGAGGCAAACCAUGCCCUUGAAGCCGACUCAGAUGAUUCCGAACGAACCGAGUCCGAUCAUUCGCGCUCCGGUAUCCAAAGAUAGG